CGUCGCGAAAACAUUCCCAAGGCCGUGUGGUGUGCGAUGCUCCAAGCCCGCAACACUAUCAAGUCCCAGACAAAGACUCGACGUCCCCUUGCUUCUGCUGCUUUGUCGUUGCUUUCCAUACAGUCUAUACUGUCAUCACCGACCAACAAUUGAAUUGACAGGCGCACCCUGCAACGGGUUGUCCGCAUUCUUUCUUAUUCCCUCCUACGCCGACCCCCGACGGACGACCCCCAUUCAUCAGUACCGACGCGCGCGUGUGUGGGCGCGACUCGUACCAGGGAAAGAUGGUCGUUGCGGCCAGGGACCGCUCCUCCUCUCUUUGUUGACAACCGACUCCCUCGUUUCCCAAUCCGGCGGGUCAGCCUCUCUGGAAUAGCUUCACUUCGAGCUCCCUACCUACCUACCUGAGGUACCCAAGGUUGGCAUCUCUUGGGGUUGGAAGCUCCCGCAACCGGUCUCUCCUGCAGCUCUCACAAAGGCGCCUUUGCGGUCCACACUCCGUCGUCGACUUGACCGCAACCCUUCGCAUCUCCUUCUUUGGUCACCGCCUCCCUUGUCGGCUCAACAUAGCCUUCAUGCGCAUUUACACUUGCCAUUGUUGAUGAGACAAAAGGACCCUCGACUCGCAAAAAGCUGCUCAACCCAACCUCAUUUACAACGACGCCGCAUGUCCUCCCAAACAAUAAGAACGUAAGUUGCUUCUUGUCAGUCUCGUCCUUCAUCCCUCUUGCCUUCCUUCCCGUCCUCAAACGUUCUUUCUCUCACUGCGCCUGCUGCUUGUUAGUUGAGCCUUAUCUCACUGAGCUUCUCACCACAAUCUCAAAGCUGUCUUGAGCUUCUCAUCCUUUUUUUCUUCUCUCUCCUUCGCUCUUCCUCUUUCUCACCUACCCCCUCUGGACUCCUCUUAGAUCUUACUCACCCAGUUCUCUCACCCCCAUCUCACUCAACGAACCUACCCAUCUCGUGGGGUUGAGUAUUUCUCAUAUAAUACUCAACCUGCCGUCCCAAUAACCCACCCCCGCUCAUCAAUCUUGCAGAGUUUCAUCCACCACGCUGCGCCGAGAUGCCUCCGAGACGAAGAGUUCGCGGCGACGACGAUGACGCGCCCCUCAUAUCACGAGGCGGUGCUGCCGUCUCGUCUGAUUUGCCCCCGUUGGCUGCGCGACUCGACACGUCGUACGGGUCUGCGCCGUCGAAUACUUUGCGCAACACCCGACGAGGCCAGAGGCGUGAUCUGCAGUCCAUCAUCAAGGAAACACUCCACGACAGCGACGACCCUGACGACCCUGACGAUCCUGGUGACCCAGAUGACGACGAUGAUGAUGACAGUGAGGAAGAAGACGACGAUGACAACAGCAGUGAGCGCAGCAAAAGUACCAGAAGCGACCGCCCGCCACCGGUGAACUCGCCGAGUCCCAAGCCAGCCCCGAAACCGAAACCUAUGCGCAAACCGCAGUCGGCUCCCAAUCCCGACCCGGACCCGGGCCCGAACUCAAACUUAGGACCAGAUUUCGGCCCUGGCCGAGACUCGUCCGAAUCACCCGCUCCAUCGAGAGGCCUCUCGCCAGAUCAGCCCUCUGUCAAGAACCCGCCGAAACAGCGACUUCCCGCCAUAAUUGCCCCAUCGAUUGAGCCUCCCUUCUACCAGCCAGAAGGAACAUCGUCUCGUCAACGAGUACUUCCUGACAUCGCCCCCCCCCGAGGCCCGAGUCCGACUCGUCAUCUCCCCAACACACGACGAGCCGGUUCAGAAGCCCUGGCGCCACCAGCUCGUACCGGCCAAGGCCUGUCGCCGUCAAGAGGCGGCACCCUCACAGCCGCGAGCAAGCGCUCCGUCUUUGCUCGCGCCAUUUCCGAAGAGGUUGGGUCGCCGUCUAAUGGCCAUCAGCUAGGGCUGCCUCUGGAACCAACGCCCACACCCGACUCGAUUCGCACUUUCGGCCAGGAGAGCUCGCUGUUCGGGGGCGCCGACAUUGGGACCCCGUCUCAUCCUUCCCGCUCGUCCGACGAGGCAGGAGAGAACUCUCCCUUACGACCGAUGCCGCCACGGAGCAACCAGCCCGACCGGCUGCGAGGCCCGGUCCGGGACCCCAUGAGUGAGGUUGUGCAUCGGUCUGGCCUAGUAGACUGGACCAAGGACGAGGACACAAGCCGUCCGGCCCAACCGCAGCCGCCAAGUACCCCGCCCUCUCAACGUUACCAGCUCCGUAGCGAGUCUCCUGAUCACGACUCGCCAUUUAUUGCGCGCCGUGCUGUGGCUAGAGACUCACCCCGUGCCAUUCCCACGCCGCGUCAAGUUCCGGCAAACGCCUCCUCAUCGUCCUCUAUUACUACCAGAUCAAGUUCACGUUUAUCAAACCACAUCACGGAGAAAGCGUCUAUUCACAAAUUAGGCUCGAGACGUCUCUCGAACCACACCAUCGAGAACGAGUCCCCUCACAGACCAAGUUCAACACGGCCAUCCGACCACAUCGGUGAGAAUGAGCCUACCCACAGACCAGGUUCGACGCGUCUAUCAAACCGCAUCACUGAGAAAGAGCCCAUGCCCAGACCAGGUUCGUCACGCUCAGCCGACCAUGACACGGAGAAUGAAUCUACUCCCAGACCGGGUCCGUCACGCUUGGCCAACAACCCCUUGAAUAAGGGGUCUACUUCUAGAGCAACCUCGACACGCCACCAUGUCUUUGAGGAGGAGCCUGCUUCCAGGCCAGAAUUGCGGCUCCCGGAAAAGCGUACAGUCGAAGAGUUAUUGCAUGAUGACCCUAAACCCGCUUCUCGAGUCUCACCUCGUCUUUCAUCGGAACAAGCCGAUCCUGGCCCAGCCCAGCGACCUGAGACCCAGCCCGCUACCAUCGAGAAGCCGGCAACGACCCGUCGCCUGUUCAACGACCCGCCGCCUGUCAAAACCUCCACCCUGCGUUCUGGAAGAUUUGAGGUCCGCUCAAUACGACCCCCCGGAUCCCGACGCGCACCCGAGGAAAAGGGCAACCGCCCACCCCCUAGACAGAACGAUUCGGGCUUGUUCGGCUCCGAUAUGCGGCAAAAGCUCCGGCAAGAACGGGAGCAGGAAAAGGCGCAGCAAGAGGCCCUUCGGAAGGAGCGCAACGCGCGUCUACAGUCGUGGCCGCGGAUUUAUAACACAGUGUACAGCUGGACACAUGCUCCUCGCCCGGAUAGCCCGCCUCCCAGAGACCAAGAUUCGGACGGCUAUGAUAGUCCUAUCGAGACUACGCAACAGGUUCCCUUGAGCGAGUCCUCGUGGUCCACAUGGAUUCUGUUCAAGCUCGCCGACGCCUUUGUCGACGUACUCAACUUCCUCUUCUCGCCGCAUUCACGGAACCUCAAGGCUCUGCUCGGUAUCCUUCUCGUCUCUCUUCUCGGAUGGGGCGCCAUGACAGGGCUCAAGUCGGCCCCCGCUCUAGGCAUGAGCGGCAUCCAGUGGUACGGCAUUUCCGACAUCUCUCACAACCUCGGGCAGUUCGUGCCAUUGUGGAUGUCGCGACCGACGACGGUCUUUAGCGACGAGGAUACGAGAGAAUAUAUGCGGCAGCAGCGCAACCACGAGUACGAGCUCUCCAAGUUGGCCAAGGCCAGCAGACUCCACGAGGGCUCACUGUCGCGACUCGAGGCGAUCGUCCCCAAGAUAGUGCACAUGCAGCUGGACAAGCACGGGCGGCCUGUCGUGGACGAAGAGUUUUGGCACGCCCUGCGCGAUCUCAUGAAGGGCGACACUGAAAUCUUGACCAUGGAUAGAGGACACGGAGGCUACCACCAUGUCUCGGACGAGCAUUGGCGAGCCGUCAAGGCCAGGCUCUUGAAGGAUCCCGUGUACCAGAGCGCCGCCUCUCCAGCUCCGCCCGGACCAUCGACCUCUGAGAUCGAGAACAUCGCCCAGACCAAGUUUGACAAGUCGUGGGAGAAGUGGCUCAAGACGAACGACAAAAAGGUGGCCAAGAUCCUGGAGCCCGCCUUCUCAACAUCGAUUCCGGACAAGAUUAGCAAGGACCUCGACCACAAGAUCGAGAAGUUCGUUAAAGACCAAUUCAAGAACAAGAGCACGAACGACGUAGUGGUCACGCGCACCGAGUUUAUCCGCCACCUCCAGGACGAGUUCGUCAAGCACCGCAACGAGGUCAAGGCCGAGGCCCAGGAGCUGCAGAGAAAGCUGGAGUACUACAUCAACGACGCCGUCAAGUCCGCCUCGGAACAGGCUCCGCCUGCCGGAGUCUCCCGUUCCGAAAUGGUCCAGGUCGUGGACGGCAUGGUCCGCCAGGCGAUCGCGAAUGCCGGACUGGAGGCGCUCGCGCAGGGCAAGAUCGGGGCGACGUGGGACAGAGAUCUCCGGCAUCAGGUCAACUUCCUUGGUCGGCACACCGGCGUCGUCAUCGAUGCCAGUUCCACUACACCCGACUGGGAUCCUCCCGUCCAUGGGAAGUUCCGGAGCGCCUCCUGGUAUAAGAGCACGAGGCGAGACCCGAAGUCUGUGCCGCCGUCGGCCACGCUCUGGAACUGGGAGGACGAGGGCGACUGCUGGUGCGGCAAGGUAACUGCUCACAAGAGCGGCGUCGAGGUUGGCGUCCGGAUCGGAUACCUCCUCAGCCACGAGAUCAUCCCACAGCACGUCGUGGUCGAGCACAUCCUGCCCGGCGCGACGCUGGACCCGGACGCGCGGCCCCGCGAGAUCGACGUGCUGGCCUACAUCACCGAGAUCAACACGCGCAACCGGGUCAAGGACUUCGCCGCCGCGCACUUCCCGCGCAGCAAGAUCAUCCUGUCGGACGGCUGGGUCCGCAUCGGCCACUUCACGUACGAGAGCAGGGACGCGCUGAACGGCGUGUACGUGCACAAGCUCAGCUCCGAGCUGUUGUCCCUGGGUGCCGUGACGGACCAGGUCGUGCUGCAGGUCGUCAGCAACUACGGCGCGGACCAUACGUGCCUCUACAGGGUGCGCCUCUACGGCGAGAAGCAGUCUUGAUUGUCGUCGUGUCGCCGUCGUCUCACAUGCGACUUUUUGGUGGAGGAGAGUGGGAGACAGACAGACGAGCAGAGCAGGCUGCUUGUGGUGUCAUUUCUCGCCAGGCGAUGGGCAGCCACUAUUUCGCUCCUCGACAUUUUCUUUGGAAUUGGCUCCGGACGGACGGAUGGCGGACGAACGGAACGGAACUUGAUAGAUUUGUUUAUUUAAUCUUUUUUCAGCAUUCAGGGAAGAAAGGGGAGGAAGAAACAGCACAAAUCAUUUUUUUUCGUCUUGUUCUGGAGGCGUUUUGGGGUUGACGAUACCCCCCCCGAACUGGGCUUCUUUUUUCUUUGAUGCAAGCACAGUCAAGGCGGAAAGACAAGAAGGAGGCAUUUUUAAUGCAUAAAACCACGUUAUUACAGUUACAUUUCUCGCUUUUUCCCCCCCUUUGAUGACGGUGAAUAUCGUAGAGCAUCCCUCCCCCUCUAGACCCCCCAAAAAACAACAAAAGGUAUGCUUCCAAAAAAAAUAAAAAAAUUGACAAUAAUAACUUUUUGUUCCUCGUCCUCGUAUCAUCGGGGGUAUCUCUUCCUCGUUCUCU